AGAUUCUAAAGAUGAGAAGCUAAGAAAGCUACAAGCCCAUACUCAAAUGGUCCGCAUGCUGAUAGACGAUAGCGAAAAUCUUUUCAUCUUGAAGGGUAAACAUGCUCAGCUCCAACAUGAUAAAGCUGCUUUAGAAAAGAAAAACGAAGAGCUGUGGAGAAAUAACGAAUCCCUGCAGAGAGAGGUCGAGGGUUUCGUAAAGAUGAGAGAGGAAGUUCUACCUUUAGUGAACACCAUGGGAGUUAUGAAACCUUUGGGAGGUGGUCCUAGGGGACCGGCACCGCCACAACAAAUGCAGGGCCGACCAUCCCAACAAAUGCAGCCUAGGCCACCGCCCCCACAGGGUCCCCCACGAUAAACUCCUUUCAUAACACA